AUGGCGCAGCCGGGGGUGCCGGGCGGGGCCGCUGCGCCGGCCGCCCCGCGGGAGUCGGCCCCGGCCUCGGCGACCCUGGCGCAGCAGAUGCGGCUGCUCCAGCGGGGCCAGGAGCUCGCGGGCCUGGAGAGACGCACCAUCACGGCGACCCAAGGCGCCCCACGGCGUCCCACGGCGUCCCGGCUCCCGCCGAGGCCCAAGCCCUGGGAGGCCGCGGCUCCGGCCCGGCCCGGCCCCGCGAGCGCAGCAGCGCGGGACGCGGAGUGA